AAGGAACUUGGCAUGGAGGAUUGUGAAAUUAUUGGAAUGAUAUUUGAAAUCAUUAGGGAUAUGCUGUUCGGCUCUGACAGCUCUUCUGAUGACGAUUACGACUCUUCGACCUAAACAGCAUUUGACAAGGUCGCUAAAUAAUUAAACAGCCGAAUAAUUAAUACAAACAAUUAACCACCUAAUCAAAUGAUAUAAAUACAACAAUAUAUUUAAAAAGAAACAAAGUUAAAUCAAACAUUAAGGACUGCUUUGAGCUGCCUUUGAACGACCUUUUCUUCGCGAACAAAUGUAAUUAAUUUUGGUAUA